AUAUUGCUAUCCACACAAGUAAUUGGUGUCAUUAUUGAACAACAAAAACGAGAUUCCUUUUUGGGAUUUUUAAAUGUAUCGCCUUCGCUUUCAAGCAGUUGCUGCUUUUCGCCACUUUCUAAAGAAAUCCUUUCUUUGAAAAUUUCUGUUCGGAAACGCAUUUUCAACGUUGAAUCUAACUUCCCAGAAGCCGAAAUAACCCUCCGCCUUCGUCUCAUCUCGUCCCAUGCCUUGUUUUGAUUUUGUUGCUUGUUUUGUUUAGGGGCUGCAUAUUGCCAGUUCUAAAAAAAAGUAAACGCCCCCUAUUGCCGGUAUGCCGGACAUGAUUGCCAAAAUGUCUAAACACUAAAAGUCUAGUGCUAGCAGUCUAGUACAGUAGUACCAUGGUAGUACAAGUAGUCUAAUGUCUAAGGAACAGGUAGAAGGUAGUGGUAGUCCCUGGCAAUAUUUGUUAUGACUUGUGAGGCUAGUGAGAGUUGUGACAAUAUCUUCUAAAUGAAACAUUUCCUCUUAAUUUUCCUGUUUGUCUUUUUCCCAAGACAAGUAUUUUUAAUACGUUGAUUAUUUGUCUUUCUUAGCUCUUGUUUUUGUUUGAAGUCGUGGCUAAGAAAGAUGGCUUGAGAAUCGUAUGGGUAAUUUGAUAUGACAAUCAAAAUGGGACUAUCGGGAGUUAUCAGGUUGCGGGGAAGGAGGAAGGCAUGGCUAAAGUGCCAGAUUUAGGCCUUUAGUUUGGGGUCCUCGCAUUUUCGUCGCCUUCUCUUUAGCAAGUGACUGCAGUGGUAACCGUGCAAUUUGACUGCAUUUGUUGAUAUUCAGUGAUGUUGUGCUGACUUAACGCGUACCAUCCACGCAUAUGUAGAUGGAGUUUUUAGAUGAAAAGCAACAGUGACUUGUAAAAGAACCUAACAAAUCAUGUCGAUUUGAUUGCAACCUGUUUUUGCAGGUGCCAAUGAUCACAAAGAGAAGUUCAACGACUGUCAUAAUAAUGAGGUGACUAGGAGGCGUAAGAAAAUUCGUUAAGCCGAUUAGUUUCGAUAACUAAUCAGGUAUAGACGAACUCAUUCGCAUCAAAAUUGGUUUUAUGAUGCAAAGGGCCUUCAGUCGCAUAACGAAUUUAAAACUUGCUACUGAUGUGAUGAAUUAAUUUAGAAACUGAAGGUCAGGCUUUGGAAAAUGAUGGGUAUAUAACUUGCCUGAACGACAGACUCCAGCACAAACGCACUACUCUCCGCUUUUGAAACAUCCAACUGGAUCCUGUCACCGCAAUGGAGGUCCCUAUUAUGGUUGUCCUUUUGUGUGGAGUCUUAAUAAUUACCAUUGAAGCUGGGGUGGUUACCCGUCUUCGUCGCUCGCCUUCCGGCAAUAAAAUUGCCAAUAAAUUCAGAAUUCCGCAUAUUGUUUUGGUUGGUCUAGUCGAUCAACCCGUACCAACGGCAAUUGCCUACCCCCAGAAAACCCCUUACUCGCCAACUUCUUAUGGACCCCCACCACCUCCUGCUUCCUAUCCAGCAUCAUCGUACCCAUCGCCUUCAUACGGUCCCCCACCACCUCCUGCUUCCUUUCCAGCACCAUCGUACCCAUCGCCUUCAUACGGUCCCCCACCACCAAGUUACGUGUCACCAAUGAUGUCCUAUCACCCGUCGUACGUACCACCACAGACACCGUACCAGUCCUAUCAGCCGCCGAUGUACAUGCCGCCACAGACACCCUACCAAGCGGCUCAACAACCACUGGCAACUGGGCCACAACAGGAGCAAAUCCUUCCCGAGCCAAACCCCAAUGGCUUAUCAAACGCUACAGACCAAGUGGCAACUGAAGAUUUUCAAUUGGAAUCUACCGAUUUACCCUCAACCGAUUUGAGUCCUGAUGGUACUAGCGAGGACAAAUCCAGUUGGGAAACCAAAACUUCUUUUUAAUUAUUUGAACCCUGAUCACUUUAUCUAAUAAAUAUUCCUUUUUAAACAA